AUGAUCGAGCGGAUGAGUAAUAUUCAAGAACGGGCCUUUGUCGUGCCCCCAACCAAGAAAAGGAGGGUCGACGAGGUUGUUGAUUCGUCGAAUGUUAAGAAGGCCAUGAUCACUGGUGGUGGCGGCAUGUUGGGCGAGGCCGUCAGAAAUAUAAACACUCAUGUCACCGUGCCAAUGAUGAAUGGAGGCGGUGCGCAGACGGUGGACUUGACCGAAGGCGAUGAUGAUGUCGAGCUCGUAGCCAGUCCCCAAGAUGAAGAGGUUUGUUAUGGCAUGCUCAUGGCAAAGUUGGAGUGCUUCAAGGUCCCCUCACCUAAGCCUGGUGCCCUUAGCCUUUUCGGCCCCCAGUGGGUCCCCAUAGUCAAGAUCGUGUUGAAAAGGCUCUCGGGUGACAAGACGACGCGGAUUCAAGCCUAUGACCACACCAGGGAGAUCAUCGGUAAUGUGGAUGCGUCUACAUCCCAGGGUCUCGCAAGCCUCCUCGACACAACCAUGAAAAUUCGCACCGACUGCCGCAUUCCUUCGAGGCAGAAGCAGGGCGACGAGACGCCCGGCGCAUCCAUCUCCCGGUCAUACCCCAUCGACCUCGUUCUUUACGGGCCUAUCAAGCACGCCAAGAGCGUGGGCAAACACCUUUCCAGGUACAACCUGCAACUCCAUGGCCCGAAAUGGGUCCAGAGCGGCCUGAAGGUGCACAAUCCCCACAUCCAAGAGUACAAGCCGCCCCCUCAAAAGUCGUACUCGGGUUUGCAGGGUAGCUCCUCUACGGCGCCUACCCUCAGGACAGUAGAGGAGGUCCGUAACGAAGUAAUGUCCGUCUUCGAUUCGCUUGCCGACACCCAACACCUGCCCGAAUCGGCGACCCCCGCCACCGUGCAGACGCCCCUUUUAAAACAUCAGCGGCAGGGUUUGUAUUUUAUGAAGUGCAGGGAGUCGAUGGAGAAUGCAGAGGGCACAGGAGGUAGCAACCCAUCGCUGUGGAAGAGACGGAUGAACGAGAAUCUCCAGAUGGCGUACGUCAACGUCAUCACGGGCCAGUGGACCUCCCAUCCACCCGAGACCCGGGGCGGUAUCCUCGCCGACAUGAUGGGUCUUGGAAAAACUCUAAGCAUCCUGUCGCUAGUCGUCACCUCGCUCGACGAUUCCCGCAAAUGGGGCACGAAAUCCCCGCUGACGAAGCUGGUCAGGAACACAAAAGCAACCCUGCUCGUGUGCCCGCUCAGCACGAUUACGAAUUGGGAGGAGCAGAUCAAGCAGCAUGUCAAGCCCGGCACGAUCAAAUACCACGUCUAUCAUGGGUCGGGCCGAAUCAAGGAUCUGCGCAAGCUGUCUGAAUUCGAUCUUGUCCUCACAACGUACGGGUCCGUCUCAAGCGAGCUUAGCGGCCGUAGCAAAGAGAAGCAGGGCCCUUUCCCGCUGGAAGAGCUCGGGUGGUUCCGCAUCGUUCUUGACGAAGCUCAUAUGAUCCGUGAGCAGUCAACUCUGCAGUUCAAGGCAAUCUGCAGAUUACAAGCGGAGCGGCGGUGGGCCGUCACCGGUACGCCCGUGCAGAACCGACUCGACGACUUGGCAGCACUCCUCGCCUUUAUCCGCCUGAAGCCUUUCGACGAUAGAAGCAAGUUUGCUCCCCUUCUCAAGGAGGAGAGAUACGUGUACGAACUGUUUGCGCGAAACGCUCAGGACCGCGUCCGCGUCCUCGCGGGGAGCGGCAUCGAGAAGGCGCUGGGCGGCCACACGUAUAUUCACAUUCUGCGCGCGAUCCUGCGGCUUCGGCUCAUUUGCGCCCACGGGAAAGAUUUGCUCAAUGAGGACGAUCUCGCAGCCUUGCAAGGGAUGACGGCGGAAAUGGCCAUCGACCUUGAUAGCGACGAGGAAGCGGAAGACAGUGCCUCGGCGCUUCCCGACCGCAAGGCCUAUGAAAUGUUUGAGCUCAUGCAAGAGACGAAUAAUGACUCGUGCAUUAGCUGCCAGAAGAAAUUUGGAGCAGACGAGAGCGACAACAUCGAGUCCGAGGGCCAGGAAGAUCUCAUGGGGUAUAUGAACCCUUGUUUCCACUUGAUCUGCACCUCUGCCUGGGUCCAGACGUACCUCGUUGAGCUCCGACGCUCGAAAACCAACGUGGAGCACGAUGGUCCGGCCAUCAAGUCUAAGAGGCGUACUGGUGGCGCUAACGGUGCCAAGAGGACGUUUGACAAGUAUUCUGGCCCCAGCACCAAGGUCCAAGCCUUGAUCGAGGACCUGCUGCAAUCCAAAGCGGAGAGCGAAAAGAUGCCCGACGAGCCGCCCCUCAAGUCGGUCGUGUUCUCGGCAUGGACCUCGCAUCUAGACCUCAUCCAGCUCGCGCUCGACAACGUAGGUGUAUCAUACACUAGGCUGGACGGUAGCAUGACCCGAGCGGCGCGUACAAACGCGAUGGAUCGGUUCCGCGAGGACAACUCUGUCCACGUUAUACUUGUCUCCAUCAUGGCAGGUGGGCUCGGGCUCAACCUCACGGCGGGUAGCAAUGUCUACGUUAUGGAACCACAGUACAACCCGGCGGCGGAGGCGCAGGCCAUCGACCGAGUGCACCGGCUGGGCCAAAGAGACCGGUAA